GCUGGCGGUCGCAUCUUACUCUUUUUCCUUUCUUCCCAAAACGCUAGGCUUCUUCUCGCUUCUGCUCACUGAAAUUAGGGUUCAGGGUUUUCGAAAUCCGUUUUCUAAAUCUUUUCGCCUCUGUUCAAUGAAGGGGACCUUCCAGUCUACGUGAGAGUUCGUUAAAGAAUCGGAGUCGCUCUUCCCGCAAUGGCGGCUAAUGCUCCACCUGAGGUGGCUUCAGGGAACCCUUGCUGCAUCGCGUGGCAAGGGAAGUACCUAGGCAUGAAGAAGAGGCGUGAUGCUUGUAAAGAAGCCAUAGAGAUUCUCCAGAAGGCCAUGGGAGCUGCUAAUGAUGAGAAAGCCAAUCUACAGAGAAAACUUAGGGAGAUGGCGGACAACAGGGACACUAAGGAACAUGACUCAGUGGCAAAAGCAUCUCUGGAGAAAGAAGUUUCUGUUUUGAAGUCUGAGAUAUUGUCUUUGCAACAAAGAUUGAAACAGAACCUGCAAGAUAAAAAUGAACAAAUGAAAAUUCUUCAGGAUCAAGCUUCUAGCAGAGAAAAGGAGAUCAAUGAACUGAAGAACCUCCUCAAGAAAGAAACACUAAGGGCUGUUAGUUCCGAAGAAGAGAGGGAACAGGUUUGUAAAGAACUGAACAAGGCAAAGGCUCUCCUGGUUAAAUCUGAGGAUAUCAAGCCGGACGUUCCUGAACUGAAAGAGGAAAUAAAUCUGGUUAAAAGUCUUCUUGUAAGCGAGAGGCAGAAGGCAGAGUCAGAGAGGAAGAAAGCUGGUCAGUAUCUUUCCGAGUUGGAGGUUUUAAGAGCUACAGCUCAUAAGACUAGUUCUGAUCUGCUUACUUCGACAUCCAAUCUCGAGACUGUGAAAAAGCAGCUUGAGUCUGAAAGACAAAAGACUCUGAGAGAGAAAAAACGUGCAGAUAUGGAGAGUGCAAAAGCUAAGGAACAGAUGAAGCUGGCAGAAGGUUUGUCUAAGAAGUUCGAAAUCAUUAGAGUUAGAAAUGAAGAGCUCAAGAAAGAAGCGGAAUUGCAGAGCGCUAGUAGCAAAGUAAAGUUUGCUGAAAACUCAGCAAAACUGGAAGAGAAGACGAGACUCCUUGAGAUGAAUAAGAAAACAGCCAUGGACUGGAAGUCUCGUGUUGAUGACCUGACUCGACAAUUGCAGGAGUCACAAUUAGUGACUGAGGGUUUGAAAAAACAGGUCCAUGAGCUUUCUCUCUCUCCUAAAUCGACUCGCUCUGUUUCUCCUCAUGAAGCCAGAGAUCUGGAAAAAGCUGAAAUGAGGCUUUUGAAAAAGGAGCUGAAGUUUCAGAAGAAACGUGAAAAGCACUUCAAUGAAGUGGCUGAGUUUGAAAAAUAUCGAAGGGAAUUUCAGGCAGGAGAGCUGAGUCGGUUAAAACUUGAGUUCGGUGGUUUUACAAAUCGCAUGAGUCUUCUGGGUGAGUAUUUUUCAAGAGACGUUGAAGACAUUAGGCUACAUGAUGGAUCUAUUCUGAAUGACAUGGUGGAAGGCCGCAGGAAACCCCCAAAGAACCGUAGUGGUGUAAAGAAUUCUGACUCAAGAUGCCAUUUGGGAACCAACCCUGGUUAUCAGGACCAAGCUUGCAAGUUCUCUGCCCAGUUAAUCGCUAAAGCUGGACGGGGCUUGAGUGAGUCUGUCUCAGGUCCUAUUUCUCAAUUGGAGUCUCCUACUGGAGGAUCUAGAGAGUUACAGACAUCUGGGGUAGUUUCCAGCGCAACAUCUUUUUCUGAGGGGGAGUUACUGGCCUCACAGGGAAGAGAGCAGUUCGCUUUUACUACUUCAGCAGCAAUAGCAAAAGACAAACCAAAUAUCCAACCAACAAAAUCAAGUAUGUUCCAGAAAGUCGAUACCGGGAAAAAUGGAAAUCCCUGUUUUGUGGCUGAAAACUGUGUUCAAAGCGGUCAAAAAGAUAGGCAUGAGGUAGUUAAUGAGCACUCUCGAAAAAGAAAAAGAUUGUCAGAGGCAAUGGAGUCACGUAAGCAUCUGUCAUCUGAUGAUAAAAAGAAGAAUCUACAGAUUAGAGAGAAGCUGGGUGCCUUGCAGUCUAUGGUAGCAGAAACUGGGUACAAGCCUUUAAGAGAGAAAGAAACUUUUGUUUCUUGUCAGAAGAAGACAAUUAGGCAGAAUUCUAUUGAGUUUAACCGGUUAACCAAGACUCGAGGUAAUAAAGCUGGAAGUACACAAGUGGCUGGAAAAACUAUGUGCCUCUCUACUGCUAAAGCACAUGAUGCGGCAACAUUAUUUCUGGAGGAAGAUGCUGCUACAGAUUAUAUGAAAUUGCUGGAGUUGGAUCAACCAGAAGAAGAAAUUUAUUACAAGAUUGCAAGAGAAUCGCUCAUGUCCCCUGAUCUUCCGCAGGUAAACUUUUUGGGUGAUGAGAUUAUGAAUGAGGACAAAAAUCGUACUACUGCUCUUGACUUGGUUGCUAGUAAUAGCGUGGAUUUAUGUGACAACAUAAAUUCUAGUGAAGCUUAUAGUCUCAACACUGAGAAUGCUUCAGUGACAGUCAAAAUGCCACCUGAGUCGCCAACAUCGGAUGGUCAUAUUCUUAAACACUUUGUUGUGUUUUCAAAUACUGAAGACCAGAACAGUAUCAUCAAAAUCUUCCAUGCUGCAAACAAUUGUGCUCAGCGAUGCCCAUCAGUUGCUACAGCACAGUGGGCAGUGCCGGCGAUUCUGUUCGCUUUGAAAAUGGAAGAAAGCCUCUUAGCACGGGAAAGGGUGUGUGUGUUCCUCUCCUUGCUGCUUCAUAACUUCUCUAUGGUUUCCUCGAUGAACAUUGGGAACACUCUGGAUUAUGAUUCUUGCUCCUGCUUGGAUUCUUUCUCGACGCAUAUAUCUAGUGUUAUGGCUGAUACUGAAGCUGGAGGUAUUCUAUCUGAGUUCUUGGAAGAACUCCUUAGCCUUCUUCAGGACCUCCUUUCAGAGCAGAGGGUAUUGUAUUCUGCUAAAUCCUCAGAAACAACUGAAUCUGAAUUUAGCAUCCCUGUCACCCUGAAUGGUGAAAAUGUAGCUCUCUUCAGCAGAGUCGCUCUAAUUGAUCAUUUGGUGGCUGGAAGUGCUAUAUUGGCAGCAAUAUGUACUGUAGUGAACCGUGAGGAACUAAUCCAUGAAGCUGCCUUUGAAAUCCUGCACAGCCACAGUCAUGAGAAAACCCCAAUACCACUGACCAUUCUUCACGUUUUUGCUUACAUUGCUGGCGAGAAACUGAUGUCCUCUAGUGAUCGUGAUAUAUCAACUUCAGUGUUGAAAUCCAUUGUGAUGUUUCUAGAGAACAUACAUUUUGGUACAGUAGAGGGAAAUUCUAAGUUGCACCCAGGGAAGAAUAAGUGUCCAUUCUCAGACAAGUCUUCCUCGCUGGAGGCUAUGGGAUCUAUGCUAAUGGAAAUUGUUCACGAGUUUGCUCACUCUAAUACUGUGCAUCAGAGCUUGAUUGAGUUUAGGCCGGCACACAAAGGUUUCCAGUGCGUAUUGGCCAGGGAUCAAAGUGUUACUUUAUAUGACAUUCUGUCAUUGGUGGACCUUAUUGCUUGUUACACGGCAUGGGAUUGGACUAGUGCAAACAUUGUUUCUCCACUGCUAGAGACGCUGGGAAUGCCAUUGCCAACAAACGUUUCUGUUGCUAUCAUCUCCCUUCUUGGCCAACUUAGCAGUAUUGGAGUGGAUGCUGGUGGCUAUGAAAAUGAAGGAAUAUCAAACUUGAGAGAGAAACUGUCAUCAUUUCUGCAGUGUGAGACGACACUAGAAGCUGGUUUUGGAGUUCAGAUAGCAACUGUGAGCUCCCUCUUGAAGACGCUUCAGCUGGAUCUCGCAAUAGUCUUACAAGGCGAAACCACCAAGCUUCUGGGUGGUGUCGACCAAAGCUCAUCUGUUCCAGCCAAUAUGGUCGCCAAGUGGUUCUCUUUAUUGAGCGACGAACAGCGAGCUUUCGCAACCGAGUUCUUACAAACCUCUGUUGUUAGAUAAUUCCUUCGUUGAAAAAUUCAUCAAAAGCAGUACAAUUUUGGGUAUGUCUCUCACUGCUUGAUUCUUCUUCUUCUUCUUCAUUGACUGAUGUUUUUUGGUUAUAUGAUGGAGAUAUUAAUGGAGCUUGCAUUGAGGUUCCAAAGUUUAUA